AAGCAGUUCUUAAAAAAAGAGAGUAUGGACCAAAAUACACACAGAAUAACUUCAUCACUGGAGUCAGAGCAAUAAAUGAGUUUUGUCUUAAAUCCAGUGAUUUAGACCAGCUGAGGAAAAUUAAACGACGAAGCCCCCAUGAUGACACUGAGACUUUCACUGUGUACCUGAGAUCAGAUGUAGAGGCAAAGUCUCUUGAAGUUUGGGGUAGUCCAGAGGCUCUUGCUAGAGAAAGAAAACGACGUAAAGAGGCAGAGAUCAAGUACAGAGAAAAUCUGUUUAGAAACCAAAGGCUGUUGAGGGAAUACAGGGAGUUCUUUGGAAAUACUAAGCCACGCUCCAGUGCAGCAGCUAUGUUUUUCAAGGGACCAGGAAAGGUGGUAAUGGUAGCUAUUUGCAUAAAUGGGUUGAAUUUUUUCUUUAAGCUACUUGCUUGGGUUUACACGGGUUCUGCAAGUAUGUUUUCAGAAGCCAUACAUUCUUUAGCAGACACAUGUAACCAGGCAUUGCUAGCUUUGGGCAUCAGUCAGUCUGCAAGGACACCUGACCCUAGUCAUCCGUAUGGUUUCACAAACAUGCGCUAUAUUGCCUCUCUCAUUAGUGGAGUGGGCAUUUUCAUGAUGGGUGCGGGACUUUCUUGGUAUCAUGGGAUCAUAGGUUUACUGCAUCCUCAUCCUAUAGAAUCUCUUCUCUGGGCAUACUGCAUUUUAGCAGGGUCAUUGGUAUCUGAAGGAGCUACCCUUCUUGUUGCUAUAAAUGAAAUUCGCAGGAGUGCUCGAGCCAAGGGGCUGUCAUUUUAUCAAUAUGUCGUGCAGAGUCGUGAUCCAAGUACAAAUGUGGUGUUACUGGAGGAUGCUGCAGCAGUUCUGAGUGUGGCCGUAGCUGCUACCUGUAUGGGUCUGACUUCUUUAACAGGAAACCCUUAUUAUGACAGUGUGGGGUCUCUAGGUGUUGGAACUUUGUUAGGAACUGUGUCCGCAUUUCUAAUCUACACUAACACUGAAGCCCUGCUGGGACGAUCCAUUCAACCUGAACAACUGCAGCGACUCACCGAGUUACUGGAAAGUGAUCCUGUAGUAAGAGCAAUUCAUGAUGUUAAAGCCACAGACAUGGGAAUGAGCAAAGUGAGAUUCAAGGCAGAAGUAGACUUUGAUGGACGGGUUGUUACUCGUUCUUACCUGGAAAAACAAGACAUUGAACAGCUGCUACAAGAAAUUCAACAAGUGAAAACUCUUGAAGAAUUAGAAGCCUUCAUGCUUAAGCAUGGUGAGAAUAUAAUUGACACACUGGGAGCAGAAGUAGACAGACUUGAGAAGGACCUAAAGCAACGAAAUCCUGAUGUUCGUCAUGUGGAUUUGGAGAUACUAUAGACUUGGCAGAAGAAAUCUUUAGGUUGCUACCAUUUUGGAAAGAAGUUACGUAAAGGGCUGAAAAGCUUCUGAAAUUGCAGUGACCUCAGCAUCAUACCUCGCUUACUUUUGCUGUAGGCUUCCUGGACUGUUAGCACUGCUUCUGUUUCUGGAAGAGCGCUAGACUCGCAGACAAAAAUUUCCAUGGCAAAAUCGAUUUAAAAAAGCUACUUGACUUAAAUUCCACUGAAGAAUCUGUCAAAGUAUAUUUACUGCAAUUCAGAACUUAAGACUUGAGGUUUAGUUAGGCAAAUAUAGCUGCCUGAAAAUAUACAACAGACUUAGUUUUUCCGUUUGUGUCCCUUUGCAGUCAGUUUGCACUUCUUUAGUUUCUUUCAAGAUAUCAUUAAAGGUUCUUGGGAGAUAUUAAGACUAGCUAGGAAGAGUUUGUUCCAGUGGAACCUGCCAACCUUAAACUAAUUGUAAUAUUUCAACUGUGUGAUUGUUUCACAGUUUUUAUUUUCUAUGAGAUAAAUUCUUUCAAAGAGGCGCUGGCCUUCUCUCAAGUAUCAUGACCUGGAAACCUGCUUUUUGCCACUGUUGUGAUUACCAACCGCACUUCAGAAAAAUAAGGCUUUUCUCCUCAGUGAAGUCAGCUGUGUGUGAUUAGCCAGAGUAUGUUAAGUUACUGUGAAGAAAUUACUGUGUAGAGAUUUCAGUGAACUUCCUCUGUUUAAAUUUUGUUCUUUUUUUUUUCCUACUCUGACACUUGUUCUCUUAUUGUAAGUAUCUUCAGAUGUAAUCUGGGAGAUACUUAUGGUAAUGCUUAUUAAAAGUUACCUGGUAUUUUUUGCUUUUUAUACUUUUAAUAGGCUGUAUUGCCAGAUAGAGCCUUUGCUAGAAGGUGUAAGAGAGGUAGUUGGAAGUGACAAUAGUAAAAAAUGUAUUGAAUUAUUUAUAAUUAAA